UCGCAACACUGAUGUGGAGCUCUUCAAGGAAAACUGGCAGUUCUAGUUGCCUUACUAUGAUAUAUUGUAGUUAUAACCUACAAAGAACGAAAACAUAAGUUUUUGCACAUUGCAAUACGUUUGUGAAUAUAUUUUGUUAUCUUUAAUAACUGUUCAAUUAAUUUUUCACGAUGGGUAAGCAAAAACGACAGCGACGAAAGCCCCAUAAGGAAAAUCCAACAGGAUUAUUAUCUGUCAGAGAUUUUGAAAGUGAAGAGAUUAUGAAAAGCAAUAAGGAGAAGGCAUUGCAAAGUGUAUAUGGUGAUGUACAAUCAUGUCAUCUAGGGGAAAAACUAACUGCUUUACAAAUAUUAAUAGCAAUGUCUUCUGAUGCUUCCAUGGCGAGGCAAAUUGCCAAAGAUGGCAUUGCAAAAAUAAUUGGGCCACUGUUAAUGAAUCAUAAUGCUGCUAUCAAAGCUAAUACUGUAAGUACUUUGAGAGCUAUUGCUGAAAAUGGUGGAGAAGAGGCAUGUACUGAAUUAAUAAAAGAUGACAUUAUGACUCCACUGAUUGCACUUUUGAAACAGUGCUACUCAAAUUGGCAACCAAAAAACUACAGAGAAAAAGAAGCGAGAGAAGAAAUAGAAACUUUUGUUCAAACAGUCACCUUGUUGUGGACAUUAUGUGCAAAUAAUGAAAGUGCAAUCAAAUCCGUCAACGAAGAGGAUCUGAUAUUGUUUUUAAUAAAAUUUCUAGUUAUCGAUAUUUACGGAAUAGAGAUUGCCACAGUCAUUACACAAUGUCUGGUGUGUUUAUCGGACGAGAACUGCGCCGCUAUUACAAAGAUUAAGGAAAAUGAAUCAAUUUUGCUCAGACUAUUGGAUUUGACUACGGAUGAUGACGAGACUGCCACUGAAGUACUAGUCUUGAAAACUUCUGUAGCUGAUCUAUUAAUUAGUAUGAAUAAUUGUACAGACAAUAAUUGGACACAUAUACUUUGUAAAGUGUUGUCAAUACUUUGCGAAGUGCUCGCUAUUGAUCACAAACAGCUACUAUCUUGUUUAACAUCUAUUCUGCCCCAUGAAAACAACGUUUCCUCAAGUGAUAAGAAGAAAAUAAUAGAAGAAAGUAGAAAAACAUUGGGAGUGCAAGAGCAGGCCCUACAGAUUUUAGCAAAUUUGUGCUUUGAAGACGAGGAUGACGCAAUUGAUUCCGAUAUUGAAUCCGUCUCUGAAACAAUGGAGAUUGAGUCUGAAUGUCCGGAUGAUGAUUCCAUGAAUAACGAUUCAAAAAUAAUGUCGACGCUUCCAGUAGAACUGGUCGAAGUAAUACACAAUUGUAAUUUAAUCGACAAAAUCUGGGACAAAACUGAGCUCGUGGUGGGUGAAGACAGCCAGGAAAUACUCGAUCAAACUGCGGAGGGAAAAGCUGUGCUGAAGCAGUUUCAUGACAUUCGAUGCGUAGCUUAUUUAUGUAUAAAUAAUUUGUUACCCAGCUUGGAGAUUGAUGUCUUUGGAGUUGCUAAUAAUUUGUACAAGAAAUGGUUGGAAAUUGGAUCGAUCGUGUUUAAGGACGUUGUGUCGGAUGACAUAGAACUCUUGGAAGCAGCCACCGCCGCUAUGAGAGCUAUUCUUCAACGAUUAGUUGAAGUACGGACGGACUGUAAUUUUUUUAAACAGUUAACCAUUAACGAUGUCCAGCCAAUGUUGAAUGGCGCACGUCAAUGCUCGAAUGCGAAUGUUCGCGUUAAUUUGAUAAGAAUGCUUUGCAAUUCGGUGCAAAUCAUGAUAAAUAAUGAAAUUUUGGAAAAUUAUGAAAUGAUAAAGUUUAUUUCUACGUUUUUGCUGGACAUCUGUACGACAGAGACUCGAGCAUGGGUCAUAGCAGAAUCUAUUGACGCGUUAAUGGAUAUAUAUGCGGAGGACACAACGGAUGUUAUAGCGGCAGAUAUCAAAUUAGUGCCAAGACUAAAGUCUUCGAUAUCAUAUUUCAAAGGCAAGGUACGACAGCAGAAAAAGCAGUUAAAAAAUGGUAUUUUCGUAGUAUCAACUGUAAAUGAAAACUUGACGAGAUUUAUAAAGUAUAAACAGAAACAAAUGGAAAAGCUGGCACAAAAGGGUGAACUCGGCUAAACAAAUAUUUUAUGAAAAACAUUUCUUAUUAUAAAGAUCAUGUUUUAUAAUAUAAAAUAAUAAUUUAUGAAAA